GCCGACACGAAUUUGGCAUGGCCGGCUGGCGACUACUGUAUCAUGCCGGGCAGCAGUGGUACUUGUCCAGCAGGUUUUGCGGCUGGCAGCGUUGGUUUUGCUGUACCGAUCAGCGUUAAAAAUGAUAAGAUUGAGUAA